CCUCCUCCUCCUCCUCGGAAACGGGAUGUGAUGUAAAAUCUUAGAAACUUUUUGUCCCUCGCUGAGCAGAACUUUGUCCAACGACGCUUCCAGCUUUUCCAGCCUCAGAGGACGCACGCAGAGCCGGUCCCGGAGCGCAGCAGGCGCCGCUCUCCUGCGCCAUGAUCCCGUGAGCCGCUCCGCGCACGGACACGCACGCGCGGCCCGAAGCCGAGCCGAGCCGAGCGGGCCACACUGGUCCGAGGCUCGCAGCUGGAUCCGGAGGAUAACUGCGGCCCGAGAUGUAGCGUACACGUCAGUCAGACCUGUGGACCAUCAUGCUCCUCUUCCUGCUGCUGACCCUUCAAACUUCAGCAGCUGUCGGACAGAUCGACCCAGGACACUGCCGCUUCCCUUUGGGCUUGGAGGAUGGACGGGUCAAAGAUGAAGACAUCUCAGCCUCCAGUAAAUGGUACCAGACCACAGGCCCACAGUUUGCCAGGCUAAACCGCGAGGACGGAGACGGAGCCUGGUGCCCUGAAGGACAGCUAGAGCGCUCGGACAGUCAGUACCUGCAGGUGGACCUGAAAGUGCUCACCUUCCUGACGCUGGUUGGGACUCAGGGCCGAUAUGCCAGAGGCCUGGGGAAGGAGUUCGCCCGGGCGUACCGCCUGAGCUACAGCAGAGACGGGGAGACGUGGAAGCCGUGGAAAAACCGUCAGGGAAACGCGGUUAUAGAGGGAAACAAAAACACCUAUGCCAUCGUCUACAAAGAGCUUCACCCCUCCAUCAUCGCCCGCUAUGUGCGCCUCAUCCCCGUCACGGAGCACUCCUCCACUGUCUGCAUGAGGGUGGAGCUGUACGGCUGUCCCUGGCAUGACGGACUGAUUUCGUACAGCGCCCCUGAAGGUCAGCUCAUGAUGCCCCCCGCUUAUCCCCCCGCCAGCCUGAAUGACUCUAUUUAUGAUGGAACCCAUGAAAGAAGGAAGCUGUUCGGGGGGCUUGGCCAGCUGACGGACGGCGUGGUUGGCCAGGACGACUUCCUGUUGACCCACGAGAAGCAGGUGUGGUCCGGCUACGACUACCUGGGCUGGAGGAACGACUCACUGGGAACUCAGGGAUACGUGGAGAUGGAGUUCGUGUUCGACAGGCAGAGGAACUUCACCUCCAUGAAGGUUCACAGUAACAACUUGUUCACGCGUGGUGUGAAGAUCUUCUCCUCCGUUUCCUGUUGGUUUAAGCCCCGCCUCAUUGCAAACUGGGAGCUGGAGGCGGUGACGUUUAGGACGGUGCUGGACGACAGGAACCCCAGCGCCCGCUAUGUCACCGUGCCGCUGUACCAGCGUACGGCUAAAGCCCUUCGCUGCCGCUUCUACUUCGCCGAUGUGUGGAUGAUGUUCAGCGAGGUCUCCUUCCAGUCUGCAAAGGACAUCAUUAUUGUGACGCAGACGACGACAGUGGGAACGUUGUCUACGAAAGGGGAUCAGCCCAACAGAACUUCUGAUCACAACAGCAGCACUGCUGAACCACACACAGCAGCUGCUCCCUCAGCCAAUGACACAACAGAGGGGACAAACACUCCCAUUCUGAUUGGAUGCCUGGUGACCAUCAUCCUCCUGUUGGUCGUCAUCAUCUUCCUCAUCCUGUGGUGCCAGUGUGUCUGCAAAGUGUUGGAGAAGGCUCCACGCCAGAUCUUGGAUGAAGAGGUGACGAUCCGGCUGUCGUCCUGCAGCGACACUAUCAUCAUGCAGACCCCACCUGUGCCCCCCCGUGCUGGACACGCCCCCACAGGCCCGGCCAGCACCGAUCCACACUAUGAGAGGGUGUUUCUGUUGAACCCAGCGUACCAGAACCCGUCCAUGCUGAGAAACAAGCUUCCAGAGCUGCCGCAGAGCGCCGAGGCGUCAGCUUGUGGGGGGGGUUACGCAGAGCCGGACGUCACACAGUGCACCCCACACCAGAGUUUCCAUAGCAACGCGCCCCACUACGCGGAGACCGACAUCAUCCGGCUGCAGGGCGUCACGGGCAGCAACAUGUACGCCGUCCCCGCCCUCACCGUGGACUCCCUCACCAGGAAGGACAUCUCUGCCGCCGAGUUUCCGCGGCAACAGCUGAUCUUCAGGGAGAAGCUCGGGGAGGGGCAGUUUGGAGAGGUGCAUUUGUGCGAGGCUGAGGGGCUUCCAGAAUUCCUGGGGGAGGGGUCGCCCCUCCCUGACAGAGACGGCCGGCCAGUGCUCGUGGCGGUGAAACAGCUGAGGGCCGACGCCACCCUUCAGGCCCGGAACGACUUCUUGAAGGAGAUCAAGAUCAUGUCUCGGCUGGACGACCCCAACAUCAUCCGGCUGCUGUGCGUGUGCGUGUCGUCCGACCCGCUGUGCAUGGUGACGGAGUACAUGGAGAACGGAGACCUCAACAUGUUCCUGUCGCAGCGCGAGAUCGAGAGCACGCUGACACACGCCAACAGCAUCCCCUCGGUCAGCCUGUCCGACCUCCUCCACAUGGCGGUGCAGAUCUCAUCGGGGAUGAAGUAUCUGGCAUCUCUGAACUUUGUGCACCGCGACCUGGCCACCAGGAACUGCUUGGUGGACCGCCGCCUCACCAUCAAGAUCGCCGACUUUGGGAUGAGCAGGAACCUGUACAGCAGCGACUACUACCGCAUCCAGGGCCGAGCGGUGCUGCCCAUCCGAUGGAUGGCCUGGGAGAGCAUCCUGCUGGGCAAGUUCACCACAGCGAGUGACGUGUGGGCGUUUGGGGUCACCCUGUGGGAGAUCUUCACUCUGUGUAAGGAGCAGCCCUACAGCCUGCUGUCCGACGAACAGGUCAUAGAGAACACUGGCGAGUUCUUCAGGAACCAGGGCAGACAGAUCUUCCUCUACAGCCCCCCCCUCUGCCCCCCCUCUCUCUUCGACCUGAUGAUGCGUUGUUGGAGUCGUAACAUCACAGACCGGCCGGCCUUCGAUGGAAUCCACCAAUCCCUGAGGCGCCACGUCAGAGAGUGAGCGGGGUUCACCGGAGGUCCUGGUCGGACUUUGUGAAAGGGCGGGGUCACGCCUGCGCCGCCUCCCACUGUGCCGUGGCCUUUGAGACUCCCCUCAGAGACAAGAGGGAGACGGAGGAGCCUGGCAGAGCUCUGGAUUUGCUGACUGAAGGCCUCCACGUCGUCCUCUGACCGUUCUUAACAGUUACACGUCUCCUUUAGAUUUGGUUGCUGGCUGGACGUAGGCGUCGGCCUUUCUCGUCUCUCCUGUGGUUCCUGUUUUCGUUGUAAAGCACUGUGUCCAUGUCUCACGUACUCGAGUUAGUUUAUUACCCCACACUGGAGUUAGGGUCAAAAUGUAGUUAGGCUUUGAGUUUUAAAUGACUAUUUUAUUUUUCUUGUUUAUUGAGAUGUUGCUAUGGAGAUGAAUGACAUCAGAAACAGAAGAUGGACGUUUGUUUCAUUUUGUUCCCAAUUUGAAUCCGUUUCUGAUCAUCUUCACGACGGGGAGCCCGAGUGUCAUGGCCGACGGAACAGGCACAUCUGUGGGCAGCAAUGGAAACAGUCGGGAGAACAAAGUCGCUGCCGUGUCACUCAAACCAGCUACACUUAAAUGAUGAGGCUGCAGAAGAAAACAUUUGAUCAGCUAUCAUCAGAUCAGCUGUUCUUCCCCAAAUCUCUCACCAAAGUAAACCAAAAGAAGCUGCAUCCAUCUCAGUGAACGCGUCCUUCUGCCUCGUUUCAGUUCUUCGAGCUUCAAUCCUCGUUGGAACAUCAAGAAUCAGACGGAAACUGGACAGAACGUGAGCGUUUUUCAGUGUUUUAGCUGUUUCAGAAGUGUGCUGUUGCCUGUACUGUAUCUGACACUUCUGUGGGUGUGAGUGCACGUGUGAGUGCACGUGUGAGUGCACGUGUCAGGCUAACUGGUGUUGCCAACAUUCCACUGGGAGUUUGUUGGACUCGUGGUUGACCAGACUUUCUCUGUUCUGAUUGAUUUUUUUAAAAGAAGCUGAAAGGGGAAGUGAUGAGGGAACCACUAAACUCAAUCUCCCAGAGUUCCUUGCUGCAGUGAGCCUGUGGAUUGUGUGCUGUUUGGAAACUUCUGCAGUGUACAGUAAAGUCACCUGUAUUUUUGUGGUGUGAAUGCAGAUUUAUGUGGUUUUGUGAUGAAUAAUUAUCAGUCAGAAUAUUUGGUCGAUUCUGUUUUGACUUGUUUCUGUUCUGGGGGGUUUGGGGGCUUUUUCUGUCUGAUUUUCUCUCCCGUUCUUCAUCGUUCCUCUUCGCCUUUUAUCAGCCUUCCUUCUGGCUUGUAGCUGUGGAUCAUGGAGAAUGAGCUGUUCAAGUCUGUUUGCUUGUUUUUAAAUAAACAUUUUUUGUCAAAA